GUGGCGUUUCCUGCUCAGAAUCCACGCAACCGUUGUGAAAGCUGCAGAACCGACCGGCUCUGCUUUUCGCGCCAAGUCUUCGAUCCUAGGGUUUCGAAUCUCACUCGCGCAAUCAUACCUAUUACGCAUUUUGCUCUCUGUGUUUCCUUUUUAUUUUCAUGCUCAUUAGGAUAAUUUCCUCUCUUUCUGUUUCUUUCUUUUUUCUUCUUCUUCUUCUUCUUCUUUUUUUUUUUUUUUGUUUUGAUCUGUACAGGAAGUUCCCGUGCUUAUAUGUGUGACACAAUCUGAGAAUUUCGAAGCUUCCUCGGGGUUUCCCGACAUUUUCUUCCUGAUGUAUUGUAGUAACAACUAGAGCUUGAGUUCGAGACUGGUUGAAAAGAGAGUCGGACUUGUCGUGGAUGUCUGAUCGAGAAACAAGGGAAGGGCAUUGAAGUUUCGGUAAAGAAUUUUUCUGUAAGUUUUUAGGUCCUAUGAGCCCCAUGUAUGCCAUGAAGUUGAAGAUUAUUUCUGACAAAUGAAAUGAGAUGCAAUGCGUGCUGGCGAGAACUGGAAGGGCAAGCCAUUUCCACCACCUGUGGUCACCUCUUGUGCACGGAUGACGCUAGCAAGAUCCUCGGUAAUGAUGGAGCAUGUCCCAUUUGUGACCAAAUUCUCUCUAAGAGUCUGAUGAAACCUGUAGACAUCAAUCCAAACGAUGAAUGGAUAAACAUGGCCUUGGCUGGAGUGUCUCCACAGAUACUGAUGAAGAGUGCAUACAGAAGUGUGAUGUUCUACAUCGGGCAAAAGGAAUUGGAAAUGCAGUUCAAGAUGAACAGAAUAGUUGCUCAAUGUCGGCAAAAAUGUGAAGCAAUGCAAGAAAAAUUCACAGAAAAACUUGAGCAGGUGCAUACUGCAUAUCAGAAAAUGGCCAAGAGAUGCCAAAUGAUGGAGCAAGAGAUUGAGAGCUUGUCCAAGGAUAAGCAGGAGCUCCAGGAAAAAUUCUCUGAGAAAUCCAGGCAGAAGAGAAAACUUGAUGAAAUGUACGACCAAUUGAGAAGCGAGUAUGAUUCAAUGAAACGAUCAGCCAUCCAACCUGCAGGCAGCUUUUAUCCAAGAAAUGGGCCUGACUUGUUUGCCAACCCAGCUAACAUGAUGGAUAACAGAGACAACAUUAGAAAAGCAGGUUGGCCGCUUUUCACUCCUGACACUCCAGGGCCUAGAGAGGAUGUAUGGCCAGCGAGACAGAAUAGCUCAAACUCUGGCACGUUUGAUAUAUCUGUUGGCUCACCGGCGAAACAACCAGUCAUCCCCGCCGAUGCCGGUAACAGAAGGGCAGGUGGUCACCCUGUUUUUGGAGCUGGAGCUAGUAACCCCUCAACGACUUUAAGAAACUUGAUACUCUCCCCCAUUAAGAGGCCUCAGCUCUCUCGUAACCGCCCUCAGAUGUUUACGUUUUAAGCCUGGAGUCGAGGGCUUGCCAUUUGCCAGAUCGAUCAUCACUUAGUGAUGCUUGAUACUUGUAUUCUUGAUGUAAUUUUUCUUUCCUCGUGCACGCGAACCACAAGUAAUGAUGAAGCUCUAUUGUAGUUUUUGUUUCCUUUUCUACUCUUCCAAAUUGACAAUCUUUGGGUGAAGAGCUGCCAACUGGUAAUUACAAAGAUAUGGAAAUGCUAUUGCUUU